AUGCUUUUUUAUUUAUUUAUGUAUUUGAUUUUAGUCUUUUUUGUUUCUUUGUUUCUUUGCGACUUUCUUCUUUAUUUCCCCUAUUUAAUAUCUCUUUCAUUCCCUCAUAUAUUUCUGAAUGUUAGUUCCCUCCGUCCAUUUCCCGUUAUCUCUGUUAUUUUUCCCGCAACUCUCUUCUUUCUUUCUUUCUUUCUUUCUUUCUUUCUUUCUUUCUUUCUUUCCUUACUGCCUUUCUUUCUUUCUUCCUUCCUUCCUUCCUUCCUUCUUUCUUUCUUUCUUUCUUUCUUUCCUUCCUUACUUCCUUUCUUCCUUUGUUCCUUCCGUCCUUCUUUCUUUCUUUCUUUCUUUCUUUCUUUCUUUCUUUCUUUCUUUCUUUCUUUCUUUCUUUCCAAUCCUUCCUUCCUUCCUUUCUUCCUUCCUUCUUUCUUUCUUUCUUUCUUUCUUUCUUUCUUUCUUUCUUUCUUCCUUCCUUCUUUCUUUCUUUCUUUCUUUCUUUCUUUCUUUCAAACGUUUCCUUUUUGCUUGUUUUCUUUUUCUCUUCUAAAUGUUCUUCACGCAUUCCAUUUAUCUAUGGCGAAUUUCCGGAACUUGUUAAUUUAA